AUGGGGGAAUCGCACUGUGGCAAAAUCUGCCUGAAGCUCCUUGUGGACCGAAAUGCCAACCGAGUUAUUUUCGGAGAAGCCGGAAAAGAUUUUGUGGAUUUUGUUUUUCAGUUCCUUUCUCUUCCGGUGGGUACAGUUGUGAAGCUUCUCUCCAAGAACAAAAUGGUGGGCUCUUUGGGCAGAAUCUACGAAAGCGUCGAAAACUUGCAGGCCAACUACAUGGAACCGAACCUCAACAAAGAUGAUGUUCUUAAUCCAAAAGUUUAUUCUAGCCUCGGAGAUACUCCUCUCUUGUUAGGCAACAAAGCUAACGCUGAUCAACUUAACGAAACAAAGUAUUUCUAUAGAUGUCGCUAUAAUUGCUCAUACGUCGGAAGUGAUCAGCAGACAAAGUGUGGUGAUUGUGGGAAUAUAAUGACUCAUCAAAUGACAUACGUCAAGCCUGCGGAGAGUAAGAAGGCUGCUAAAGUUAGCACGGGGGGUUAUGUGAAACAUCUGGUGACUUAUAUGAUCAUGGAUGAUUUAACAGUUAAGCCCAUGUCUACUAUUUCUAGUAUCACUUUGCUAAGCACAUUUAAGGUCAAGGACUUGAGUGCACUGGAGAACGUGGAGGUUUAUAUUGGAAAAAUUGAGGCUGUGGAUCUGCUCAAGGCUUCUUUCGUGACGAACAAGGUUUUAACCUCUUUGUUUCUUGGCAAUAUGAAGGCUUAA